AUCUUGGGUCGUGAUAUACUGUCUCAGAGGAAUACACCCAAUGGACCACGUCACGUCGACGUCUGUUCGAUUUCGAUUAAUAAGUAGCUUUCCUUAGAAGUGAGUAACGGUGAUCGAUGCGUGUCACUCUUGACAGGUUGUCGUUCGGUCGUCAUUCCCGGGUAUCAGUUUUAAAUUUUUCGUACCAUGGAACAUUACGAGAAAUUGUUGUUAUGAGCACGUUAUGUCAGAAGUCAUGGAGACCGAAGAGGACGAAAUAUCUGUGGAUACCAGUGCCGCAGGAACACCUACGAAAAUGGCAGUUUCUAUCGAAAAACAUAACCUGAAAGUCAAACGAAGAAAUGUAAACGAAACAGUGAAUGAUGAUAAAGACUCAGACUUUGAAAGUAACGUUCCGCUUUUGAGAACGUCUGAUUCUUCAAGAGCAUGGCACGAUAACAAUAUACCGCGAAUUCCAGAUAUCGCGGAUUUUAGUUCGUCAGGUAAACAGAACGGUGUGUUAAAUAGUGACAACGAUAGUAGUUUAUUAGAAGGUGAUUUUGGUAGUACAGAGACACUGACGAGUAGGGAACGGAUGAAAAUAAGCGUUAUUCGAGGGAGCAUCGUUAAGCCGAACCUGACAUUGGGUGAACUUAGGCUACUGGGUUGCAGCAGCGAGGGGCUUGUUAAUGAUGAAAUACGAAGGGUUCUAUGGCCAAAACUUCUACAACUGUCUGAGGAAAAUGUUCUUUCUACAAAUGGAUUAGAAACAAUACACAAUUGUAUUCCAAACGAAGUCUAUCAACAGAUAUUAAAGGAUGUUGCACGGAGUGGGAGUCAUAUUUCUCAAAAUGCUACACAACAAGAGACAGAUCGCUUUCACAAACAGUUGACACAAUUAAUGUGUUGGGUUCUUCACAGGCAUUCUACAUUAAAUUACUACCAGGGAUAUAACGACAUCGCCGCGACUGUUCUACUUGUAAUGGGUUUAGAAAAGGCUUUAAAUGUAUUGGAAGGCAUUUCGUUAGAAUUUUUAGAAAGAUUUAUGGAAAGAACAAUGGAGAAAGUAAAUCAAGAAUUAUUUUAUAUAUUCGCGCUUUUGGAGCGAGUACAUCCCACUUUGUUGGAACACUUGGAGAACGUAGAAUUAUUUCCGCACUUUGCAUUGGCCGAGUACACGACGUGGUAUGCGCACAAGUAUGCGGAAAAUAGAAAAUUGUUACACAGAUUAUUCGAUUACUUUCUUGGCAGUCCUCCAUUAAUGCCUCUUUAUCUAAGCACUGUGAUCGUAGCACAUAGAGCAACAGAAAUUUUUAAUACUACGCCCGACAUGGGUCAUACGCAUAAAGUUUUGUGUACUUUGCCAGAUGACUUGCCUUUUGAAACGCUUUUAGACGAAGCAAAAAAAUUAUAUCGUCAGUAUCCUCCCGAGUCUAUAAGUAACGAUGUUACAGAAUACGAUCAAAAGAGAAAGUGCAAGGAACAAGAAUGGAAAACAAAAGCGGAAGCAAGUCGUCAAGAAAGAGAGAGACAACGUAAACUUAGAAUUGUGCAAUCGACACCGAGAAUACCAUACCGUAUUAGAAGUUACAAAACUAUCACGGUGGUAACAAUUUUGGCCCUAGGUUUAUAUGCCUUUCUAAAAUCUUCUUCUGGUCUCAACUGACAUUAGAAGAAUUUACUUUAUUUAGAAAGUAAAUUCUUUUACAUUUUGUUGUUUUUGUUCUGGAAACAAAACAUUAUUUGUAUACAUCCAACAUGGAAUACAGAGUUAUAAAAAAUUAAUGGGCAUACGAAUAUAACGGAAGGAUGUAACGAUACAAAUAUAUACGUGAUUAAGAAUUAUUGAUAAACUUAUACGACGAAGAUUAAACGAACCCGUCUUUUUUCUAUUGUAUAACAAAAAGCAUCUUAAGCAUUCCUGUGCUAUCCUCAACUGUGUUCUUAAAUACUCCGAUAUGAACUUUUUGUGCAUAUACGUUUACUGUAUUAGAAUUAUAAAUAAAAGGUGCACAUGCUUACAAGAAAAAAAUACUUCGAAAAUAAGAACAUUGUGAAUGAUAAGAUAAGGCUUAGAGUAUGAUGGAUGUAUUUGUGGUUUAGAUUGUAACCGUGUCUUUACAAUCUGUGAUGCAACAAUUGUGCGUAUAUUUAUUUAAAUUUAUGAACAAAAACCAACCUACAGCAACAGAUAGAUCUUCUUAAUAAAAGAACUUAAUUUUUCAA